CGUUUUGCUUCUUUGUUAGGUUCACAGAAUCAACUUGAAGCUGUAAUUAAAACUAAAAAAGUAAAGCAAAACUGUCAGGAAUAUUACAUGACACUUUAAAAGAUUUAUUCACAAGUUUAAUAUAUUCACAAGGUACAAACUUGAAAGUUACAAAAAAGGCAUAGAGUGAAAAGUCUAUCCCUAGUCACUCAUUUUUGCUCCAGCCGCUCACUUCUGCUCUUUGUAAGCAAUAGUGUUGCCAGUGUCUUGUGUCCUUCCAGAGACUAUGUAGAAGCAAAUAAUUUUUUAUUUAAAAAUUAUGUUUAUAUUUGAAUAGGUGAUACAUAUAGAUGGCAAGAAAAUUCAAAAGCGCAGGCAGUGAAAAUUUUCUUCGCUUACCCACAGCUCCCCAGUUUCUGUUCCCUCUGCAGACAUUGUUUCUUAUAUAUCCUUCUGGAUGUUGUCUAUAAAUAUGGAGGCAUUAUUAGUGUACAGCAUGGUGGUUUUUAUGAGCCAUCCCAAGUGUAGUAUUUAUUAGGAUAGUGCAUUAAAAUGAUAAAAUUAAUCAUACAUAGAAAGUUAUUGCAAAGUUUGGAAAAGAUUGAGUCAAGUAGCCAUUGUACUACAUGGCUUUAAAAAUUUCAAACAACACAGGUGUGCACUUCUUAAACUCUCUUCUUCAUGGAGUAUUAUAAUCUUAGUAUAAAUAAGUAGGAAGAUAUGAAACAAGAAUAUAGAAAUUAAGCUGAGGACAUUUUGUUUCCAGGAUCUGGGAAAGAAACAAGUUUAUGAACUCAAAAGUGAUUGCAGAGCAUCUAUGUGCUGUAGGAAAUAGUUAAGUUGGUUUGAAGCAAAGCCCUUCGUGGGCAGAAAAGCCUCCAGAGCGCCAGGUGUCGCUGUGGUUCCGCGAUGAGAGAGGGCGUGCGUCUCUGUGGUUAUAAAGUUGGGGGUGGAGUGGCCGGGAGAUGAUGGCUGAUGAAGAGGAAGAAGUCAAGCCGAUCUUGCAGAAAUUGCAGGAACUAGUGGAUCAGCUCUAUUCAUUUCGAGACUGCUAUUUUGAGACACAUAGUGUUGAGGAUGCUGGGAGGAAGCAACAGGAUGUGCGGAAGGAGAUGGAGAAGACCCUACAGCAGAUGGAAGAAGUAGUGGGUUCUGUCCAGGGCAAGGCGCAAGUUCUGAUGCUAACUGGGAAAGCACUAAAUGUGACUCCUGACUAUAGCCCUAAGGCUGAGGAGCUUCUGUCAAAGGCUGUGAAGCUGGAGCCCAAGCUGGUGGAAGCCUGGAACCAGCUGGGUGAGGUGUACUGGAAAAAAGGGGAUGUUGCAGCUGCCCACACCUGCUUCUCAGGAGCCCUUACCCAUUGCAGGAACAAAGUCUCCUUGCAAAACCUGUCAAUGGUGCUUCGCCAGCUGCGGACUGGCACUGAAGAUGAACGUUCUCACCAUGUCAUGGACAGUGUCCGACAGGCUAAGCUGGCUGUUCAGAUGGAUGUCCAUGAUGGCCGCUCCUGGUAUAUCCUUGGGAAUUCAUAUCUUUCCCUUUACUUCUCUACUGGCCAGAACCCAAAGAUCUCCCAGCAAGCCCUCAGUGCCUAUGCCCAAGCAGAGAAGGUUGACAGAAAAGCUUCUAGCAAUCCUGACCUUCAUUUGAACAGGGCAACGUUGCAUAAAUAUGAAGAGAGCUAUGGGGAGGCCCUGGAGGGCUUCUCUCGGGCUGCUGCCCUGGACCCUGCCUGGCCAGAGCCCCGGCAACGAGAGCAACAACUUCUGGAAUUCCUGGAUAGAUUAACCAGCCUCCUUGAGAGUAAGGGAAAGGUGAAGACCAAAAAGCUGCAGAGCAUGCUGGGAAGCUUGCGCCCAGCCCAUCUAGGCCCUUGCGGUGAUGGGCACUACCAGUCAGCCUCUGGGCAGAAAGUGACCCUGGAGCUCAAGCCACUGAGUAUGCUUCAGCCUGGGGUGAACAGUGGUGCCGUCAUCCUGGGAAAGGUGGUGUUUAGCCUUACCACAGAAGAGAAAGUCCCCUUUACAUUUGGCCUGGUAGAUUCAGAUGGACCUUGCUAUGCAGUGAUGGUGUACAAUAUAGUGCAGAGCUGGGGAGUGCUCAUUGGAGACUCUGUAGCCAUCCCUGAGCCUAACCUGCGUCUUCACCGAAUUCAGCACAAAGGAAAGGACUAUUCCUUUUCCAGUGUUCGAGUGGAGACGCCCCUCCUGCUGGUGGUGAAUGGGAAGCCUCAGGGAUCCAGCAGCCAGGCUGUUGCUACAGUGGCAUCGCGACCACAGUGUGAAUGACCUUCUUUGACUUGUGUGCUCAACAGGGACUGGAGGAGAGGGGCCAAGGCCCUGUGCAGUUGGUCCAGCCACAUCCAGUGAUUCAGCAGGAAUGGGAGGAAUGUUUUAAAUGAACUUUCCUUUUCCCUGCCUGUAUUACGCUUCGUAUCUCUUCUCUCUCCUCUGUCCUCAUCAUGUUCCAGCUCUCUCCAGGGCCACAUACUCUUCUGGCAUAUCUCUGCUGUCUCUUCCACUGCUCUCUAUGUUUUAAGCAAAGAGCAUGGAAUUGGUAGAAGUCUUGGGAUCUUGCCAUGGGACACAGUCCCCAAGGUUCCUGUUGUUGCCUCCUUCCUAAGCCUCAUAUGUAUAUAUCAGUUCAGUAUUUAUUGCUAAAGGAAGGGGCUUAAUUUUAUAAUGGCUUUGUUUUUAGCAAUUUUUAUUGUUAUUUUUAAAAUUUAGGUCCUUCCUCUUCUUUGGGGCUGGAACAGAAUAAAUUUGUUUGGAA